AUCCCAACUCCGUCCUCGCUCCAGACGCCCGCAGGAACAGCACCAGCCACCAACAGUCCGCCCUUUGCUCCGAUCGAGACCAUAGCCAUACCAGGGCCGGAAACAGCAGACGUCGUCGAUUUCUCAGAUGAUUUACGCAGGCUCUCCAAGAUGAACGUCGAUUUGCUCAUCCGUGUUACAACUACCAAGAUGAAUAUAACCACUCUAGACUUCAAUAGCGUAACCUAUCAGAAAAGCCCACUGUGCAUCGACAAUCUGACCCUGGCCGAAUUCAUGCUAAAGACAUCUCAAGACUUUCUGUUGAUCCUCACGAGGCUUCUCAGGAGCCGAUCAUCAUGUGGCCUACUGCCUGCUUCAGAAACGGCACAAACACCUUUUCCAAAGUUGCUUCAAAACAAUCACCUCAAUCUAUCCUCCAACUCCAUCUUAUCCCCCCCUGUCGCCCCCUCAGAGCCAUUGUUGGCGCCUCUCGCGCUCACCAUCACGAGUAUCUUUACCCAGAUGCUUUCGAUCUACGAGCUGAUCCUCGAAUACAUCACCACUCGGAUCGAGCGAAUCGCUAUUGAUCCCAUCACCCCUAUUCCUGGUCUUAUGUUUGGGGGAUCACCUGUGGACAAACCGUGUACGCAGGGUAUGCUGUUUUGCGAAGUUAUUGAAUAUCUACUACAGAAGACAGAGCAGGUGUUGGGAAUCGUUUCUGUGCCCGAAGGGGGCGAGGUGGGUUUGUUGUCGGCGCGACAAAUAAGCGUGCUUUGGAGUGAGUUGAAUGGAAGACAUACUAUUAUUCCCGGUCGUGCCAUUAUGACGCCUGCCAAUUUGAGGAUAUUAUUUGGAAAAGUGGCAUUCAUCUUUAGACAACUC